AGCCGGCUAAGGUACGGCUGUUAGAUUAAUAUGAAUAGUGGACUUGGACUGAAUAUUACGCCAGAUUUAACAAACGAUUUCUUUCAAAUAAAACCUAAAUCUAAAAACACUGAAAAAAAGUUUAUCAAACAUCAUAUAGGGUCCAGUCAAUAUGUAUCUAGAACAAACAGUGGGACAGUGACACCACAUUUGGUAAAUGAAAAAAGACAAUAUAUUGAUCACCAACAGACAAUUCCAAGUAAUACUGGAAAUGUCUCAUUUAAUCAGACCCUUCAACAACCAAUCAAUGAGUUGUUAUUACCAGAACCAGAAUCUGAAGUUAUAUAUCCAAAAGAUCAAAACAUUGGUAUUGAGGUUUAUGACAAUUUCUCAUUCGACCAUAAAUAUGAUAACACACUUCCAAUAACAGAUAGUAGGGAACUUAUUGUUCAAACAAUUGAUGCAAAUAGAGCUACUGUUAUUCAAGGCAGCACUGGUAGUGGAAAGACUACCCAGGUACCUCAAUAUAUUUUGGAUGACUUCAAACAGAAAGGAAAAUACUGUAACAUUCUUGUCACGCAACCUAGAAGAAUAGCAGCGUUAAGUGUUGCUAAACGUGUUGCAGAAGAAAGAAAAUGGGAUCUAGGAACACUUGUUGGUUACCAAAUUGCAAGAGAUCGUAAAGUUUCAGAGGAUACACGAAUUACAUACAUGACUACUGGUGUCUUACUGCAAAAACUAAUAAAAGAAAAAAGUCUUGGGGAAUACACACAUAUUAUUCUUGAUGAGGUUCAUGAGCGAGACCAAGAUAUUGACUUUGCAUUGCUAGUUGUACGCAAAUAUCUCCGCACUGUGUCAAGACAUGUGAAAGUUGUGCUAAUGUCUGCAACCGUAGAAAGUAGUUUGUUUUCAAAUUAUUUUUCAAUCUUAAUAAAUGGUAAACCAGAAGGUUGUCCUGUAAUUUCAGUGGAUGGUAAACUAUACCCUAUAAGCAAAUAUUACUUUGAAGAUGUAGAAGGUUUAUCUGAGGUGCCUCAACAAAGCAUAUAUGAACCAGAAAUAAGUGAAAAGUGUUACCAACUUUGCAGAGAGAUAAUCCUUCAACUCGAUAAGGAUGAACUCAAGGAAAAAUACAAGCAGAAUAUGGUUGGAGAAGAUAGAGGAACAGUUUUAUGUUUUUUACCUGGGGUACCUGAGAUUACGGAAAUGAUGAAAUAUUUGGAUGAUAUUGAGGAAAUUAGAAAGUUAAAAGUCAUUCCUUUGCACUCACAGAUCAGUAGCACAGAUCAAAGCCUUGUGUUUGUAAAGGCUCCGUCUUAUUAUCGUAAAGUUAUUUUGGCAACGAAUAUCGCUGAGAGCUCAAUCACCGUACCUGAUAUUAAAUAUGUGAUAGAUUUUUGUCUGACAAAAAGUAAUGAAACUGACCCAGAUACAAACUAUCAACAGUUGGUUUUACAGUGGGCAUCAAAAGCAUCUCUUACUCAAAGAAAAGGCCGUGCUGGUCGUGUUUCUGAAGGCCAUUGUUUUCGUUUGAUCUCCUCCAAGUUUGUGAAACAAUUUCAGGAUUACUGUGUUCCUGAAAUGCUGAGAUCGCCAUUGGAACAAGUUCUAUUAAAAGUCAAGCUACUUGAGCUUGGACCACCAGCGCAAGUACUAGGGCUCGCUCUCCAACCACCUGACAUUACAUACAUCAAAAGAACUGUUCUUAUGCUGAAAGAGGUGGGAGCUUUAACCGUUCGUCAAAAUAAUCAUAUUAAUCCUCUGGAUGGAGAUCUGACGUUUGUUGGUCGUGUGUUGGGUGCUUUACCAGUAGAUGUUCAUAUUGGAAAGUUGUUGCUGAUAGGUUAUACUUUUGGUGUGUUAGAAGAAUGUCUUGUAAUAGGAGCUUGCCUGUCCCUUAAAAGUGUUUUUUCAAAACCAUUUCGACAAGAAAUGAAAGCGUAUACAAAUAAAAUGCACUGGGCAAAAUUUUCAUCAAGUGACUUAAUUGCAUCACUCAAUGCAUUUGUGAGUUGGAAAUUUCGUAAGGAACACAUCGGUUUUAAUGAGCCAGAAAGCAGGUGGGCCCAUCGCAAUUUAUUGGAAUACAAAAGACUUAAAGAGGUUGACUUACUUGUAAAAGAACUAGAAGAACGUUUAAAAAGUUUUAACAUUUUUACCCAUCGUAACAUUUACAAAAGAGAUGAACUAGACAAAGAAAAUGAGUUUGUUUUAAAGAUUGUUAUAGCUGGUGCUUAUUAUCCAAGUUAUUUCCAUACACAAGAGAUUGAGGAAGCAGAAGCAACAAAAACAUUAUCUGGACAUAACCCAUUUACAACUGUGGUGGUACAUGGUGCACCUCCAACCUUGUGUCAUUAUCGUUCAAGUGUUGCAAAUUUGUUUCGCCAAUGUGGACGUGGAAAGAGACUAUACUUUGAAAAUUCUAGAGCUUUUAUUGAGUUUGAAAAUGAACUAUCGGGAGAAUCACCAGUCACUGUUGCUGUAUACAAGGCAAUCAAACUAAGACACCUGCGUGUGCCACUCAAUAUACUCGUGUCAAAGAAAAACGACGAGAAAUUCCGACAGACAUUGCUUAAUAAGCCAUUGCUUUCUCACAAUCCAGAAACAGGUCUACUAACUAACAGAGUUAAUACUGGACUUGGUAAAGAAGGAACACUAAGCGUUACAUUGCAAGGCAACCCUCGUCAGGUUGAACUGCAAGAGACUGGUUACAUUAAUCUCAUUAUACAAGAGUGCAUUAACCCUGGUCAUUUUUGGGCGACAUAUUCCGAUCAGGAGACACAAAAACGAAUGCUUCAGUUGCAUAUCAAAUUAAACGAACUCAGCGGCAGAAAUUUAAAGCCAAUGAGAACUGAGGAUAUUAGAGUUGGUUCCUACUGCUUAGCUCCCUUCGAAGAUGAAUUCUUUCGUGCUGAGAUAAUCCAAUGUUCAGAUCGACAUGUGAAGGUGUUUUUUCUCGAUUAUGGCAACACAUCCACAAUUUCUGAUCUAAAGCAAAUUCGCAUUUGCCAAGAAGCUUUACUGAAUAUCCCGUUUCAGGCAUUCGAAUGCUACUUGUGUGAAAUUCGGCCAAUACGUGGAACAUGGACGGAAGAAGCAGCAUUACGGUUUAAUGAGGUGGCCAGUCCAGGAUCUAUUCAGUUAAUUGGAAAGGUUUAUUCACUAAUACAUGGGACCUAUCGGUUGGAAAUAUUUAACAACGAUAAAAGCAUCAACAGACUACUUAUUGAAGAGGGCCACGCUAUGUAUUGUGAGGAACCACUUUCAUCAAAGCAACGUCACGGAGAGAUGGUAAAUUUUCAAGGAGCUUCAUUAAAGAAAGCAUCAUCUGACACAAAAAACGUUGCAGAAGGUUCACGUAUUGAACGUGGAGAGGAGGUCUUAAAGAUUUCAUUGCGUGGUCCAUUCAGUCCAUUUGAAGUGAGCUUCUUUGGCCUAACUGCUUCAGCUAGACUAAGAGCAAGCCGUGUUGAACAGGACUCAGUAAAUAGUGUUGUUAUGUGUGAAGAACCACAAGAUAAACAUCCACGUUUGUUAGUAGCUGCAAGUGUCAACAUCAACCCAUCCGGUAACACCAUAAUUGCAAGGGAAACUACUUAUCUACCCAACAUACACGGGCUGACAUCGAUGCUUCCUUUGCUUUUUGCACCUGUGGCGGAAUUCAGGUGCGACAAAGAAGAGACGUUUAUUACAGGUGCAAUAUGCGGGUUGGGAUGUGAUGACAUGGGCGCACCCAUUCUUCCUGAUCACGAUAUUGAAAUUGCUUUUGACGUUAAAUUUGCUGAAAAGGAUUUCGGGAUGAUCAAUGGAGUGCGUUACCUUAUCAAUUACGCUAUUGGUAUAAAAGAAGAAAGAAUCGAUCUACCUGCUCAUAAAAUUGCAGACGUGCAAAAAUAUGCACGUGACAAGCUGUUAGAGUUAAUAAAUACUCAUCGAGAAGACAUGGAAGUGGUUCAUUAUCGAAACGAAUAUCGGUGGAAUCAGCUAAAUCCAGAGUCUGUGUUGGAGUGCGGCUACCAGGAGGAAGCAACACAUUUGUAUGCGUAUCACAAAGGUAUAUUCUUCCAAGAAAACACCAAAGAAGUUGUCGAUCCGCGCAUUGUUCAACAGCGAGAACAACUCAACGAGCUUCAUAAACUUGCUGGAAAAUCGUUAAUUCCCUUCAACACUUCAGUUGUAUGUCCGGUUUGCAGUGUACAAUGUCGCCAUCCACGUGGUUUGUACCUACAUUGCGAAACACCACAACAUCGAAAUUGGUGCACGCAAAUCUUCAAAGAGCAGCCAUCUUGAUUUGAAACCGAUUUAACCGGUGUUAUGCCUCCUUGUGAUUGGUGUAUAGAAGCUCGUGAUUGUGGUUGGUUCAAAGAAUCUGUGUUAAGCGCGGUCAGGCAUAGUUAUCUUUAUGAAAGUUAUUUAUAUUUCUGCUUAUAGCGGGAGGAGAUUCCACUGUGCUUUGUUUGCAAACAUUAUUUUAUUUCUGAACCGAACUUCCGCUGACAUUCGAGUUAUUUUUGUUUAUAGAUUUAUUUUAUGUAUAUAUUGCUGCCAGGCUGGGUAUUUUUGGGUUUUGGUAUCAGAUUUUUUUAUUCUUAUAUUUAUCUGUUCACUUCUCAGAGCUCUUUCAUUUUUCACAAAAUUACGCGUUAAAGAAUAAUUUACCAAAAAUUACCGAAAUUCGCGAAAACUUAUCUGUGUUUUCUGAAAGCAGCAUAAAGACACAAGUUCGGAGAAGUUUAGUUAUGGUGUAAAAUAGAGCAAUAUGAAGGUAUGAGCUGUUUCAUGUCAACGUUGCACCAUUUUGGGUUGUACUUUUUUUAACUAUUAUUUCUUUCGUUACAUUUUAUUACAACUAAAAAGGAUUAUCAAGAUUUUUUAGAAAGAUAUGUUAUUUUGAUAUUUUCUUCGGAAUAUUGAAAUCUAUAGACCAA